CUCUGAUCUACCUUGACGGAUGAUCCUGUCAUGAAGUGGGUAUGGGGCACGCGAUGCUAGAUGGAUAAUAUACUGGGGAUUGCGGGCAAAUUGAUGGGCGAUAUAUGAGCCUUGACAUGAGCGAUCGUAGGGACUCCUUUGAGGAUCAGGGAUCCAUAUAAACUCACCAAGGAAACCAGCCCCACAAAUAACGACUUUAUUGGUGGCCAUAGUGAAAGUGCAGCUCCCCAAAUCUCUAGGCUUUCCUAGCUCACCAUUCAAAAUGAGUCAUCCAGCGCUCGACCAGUCGCGUGACCCACACAAAGAUGAACACCAGUAGUGCUCGGUCGUUGCUCUCAUUGUUCUUGUUGUUGGGAGUAGCAUUAGGUGCACUUGCUUCGGAAUCAGCACUUUAUAAGAUACAUCACCGCGUACACUCGCUAGAGUUCUCCUUACGGGCUACUGUGACACUCAGGAACAAGGAUGGCGUCCUGAAGGCAUUCUACGAAAGUGUGAAGGAUAGAGGCACUAUUAGCCUGGUUCCGGAUAGCGAGGAGGGAUAUUACCAGGUCGCUCUGGAGUACCCUUUGGGCACCCCUUCUGAGAACUGGCCACUUGUGUCUGCCAAAGCAUGUCACCUAUCUCCUCGGACCUCUGAUGUUUUGACACUAGUAGCUGAUGGGAAUGGGAUUGUCUCUCGCCUCAACUACCACAUCCUAAAUAUUCCGCAGGACGGCUCAUGCCCGAGCGUUCGCCCAUCUAUUCCACCCACGUUCAAUACGACCGUUCAUAUAAAGCAUCCUAAUCCUGUACCAACCCCCAUACUCCGUCCUCUGCCUGCGAUCUCACCCGAUGGUCGACCCGUUCAACCGCCUCCGGAAAAAUCAUUUUUACAGAAGUACUGGAUAUAUAUUCUUCCACUCUUUAUCAUCCUGCUGAUCACCCCAGAGGACGAGCCGCCGCCGAAGAAGUAAUUAUAUUAUCAUGUUGGGCUGGAUACAAUAGAACCGUGCCAUACCGAGUAGCCCAUCAUAGCAGGACUCUAACGUCCGGAAUCUUGAUCCCUUACCC